UAUUUCCAUCAACUCAAAAAGAUUCCCUUCUCUGUUCCCAAAAGCUCGUUUGUGAGAAUGGCUUCCGGUAAACAGAAUUUCCCCCCUCAGAAGCAACACACACAGCCUGGGAAAGAACAUGUCAUGGAUCCAACACCCCAAUUCACCUGCCCAGAAUACAAGCCAUCAAAUAAACUUCAAGGAAAGAUAGCAGUUGUAACUGGUGGUGACUCUGGUAUUGGACGUGCCGUAUGCAACUUGUUUGCAUUAGAGGGUGCUACUGUGAUUUUCACGUAUGUGAAGGGGCAAGAAGACAAGGACGCGAGGGACACUCUUGAAAUGAUUAAAAAAGCUAAGACUGCAGAUGCCAAGGAUCCAAUGGCUAUACCAGCUGACUUGGGUUUUGAUGAGAAUUGCAAGAGAGUGGUUGAUGAGAUUGUCAAUGCUUAUGGCAGGAUUGACAUUCUGGUCAACAAUGCAGCUGAGCAAUACGAGUGUGAAUCAGUGGAGGAGAUUGAUGAGCCAAGACUUGAGAGGGUGUUCAGAACUAAUAUCUUUUCAUAUUUCUUCAUGGCCAGGCAUUGCCUCAAGCACAUGAAGGAAGGAAGCAGCAUUAUCAACACGACAUCAGUGAAUGCAUACAAGGGACACCCAACAUUAUUGGACUACACGUCCACCAAGGGUGCCAUUGUGGCAUUCACUAGGGCCUUAUCGCUUCAGCUGGUGAAGAAGGGAAUAAGAGUGAAUGGGGUUGCUCCUGGUCCCAUAUGGACACCAUUAAUACCAGCAUCUUUCAAGGAGGAAAAAACUGCUCAAUUUGGUAGCGAUGUGCCAAUGAAGAGAGCUGGCCAGCCUAUUGAGGUUGCUCCCUCCUAUGUGUUUCUUGCCUGCAACCAAUGUUCCUCUUACAUAACUGGCCAAGUCCUCCACCCCAACGGUGGAACCGUUGUGAAUGCUUGAUGAUGAAGGAUAAAUGAUGCUUGAAAAAAGAUCGAUAUGUAAAGUGUUUGUGGUUCUUGUCGUCGUAAACUAUGUUACAAAUGGCAAAAAGUACGAUGUAUAUGAAUAAAUAUAUGUAUUCCAGCAGCUUCUCUG